AGGAAUGCAACUGGAUUAUUCUGAAGCUUUUGCCGUAAGGAAUCAGAAGGCGCAGGUUGAAAAUAAACCCUCACUGACUUCAGUGAAACUCUGACGAAUAUCAAGCAGCAAGGACCUGGCAUUGGGGAGAGGACACAUCAGCACCCAAGGUGUCUUGUGUCUGUCUGUGUGUGUGUAUGUGUGUGUGUGUGUUUCUGUGCUUUUUGUUUUUCCAACAAAAAAAAAAAUUGGGUUCUUGGACGUCAAAAAAGAUCAAAACCAAGGAUUCCAACUCGCCUGGUCGAUUUGUGCUGCUACCUUGUGCGCUCCGCAGAGCUGGGGAUAAAGUUGUGUCCCUGUAGCACUGCCGAAGGGCUUCCUUCACCGAGGGCUCUCUCUCUCUCCCCCUCUCUCGCUGAUUGAUUUAUUCCGAGUCCCAGCAACAAAAACCGACUGUGAACAACAUUGAAGAUCAAACUGCCUGCCGUCAGUCGCUAGGGGAACUAUUUCAACUUGCUGCUCCUGCUGCCGCCUCUCCUCUUAAUUUAUCCUCACCCCCACCCCCUCUUUCAACAAAUUACAUAUUAUAUAUAUAUAUAUAUAUUUGCCUCGGAUCUCUUUCUCUGUGUGUGUCUCUGGGAAGUUGGCUGCGCAAUCCGACGCACUCCAAAUCCUCCCUUGGCCGGCAGUGAUAUGGGGAUGACUUUGCUGACAUAUCUCGCUGCCUGUGGAUUAUUCUCUCAAGUUUAUGGAUCCCGUCUUCGACAGGAGGAUUUCCCGCCCCGGAUUGCGGAACACCCCUCUGACCUGAUCGUGUCCAAGGGCGAGCCGGCCACCCUGAACUGCAAGGCCGAGGGGAGGCCCAGCCCCACCGUCGAGUGGUACAAGGACGGGGAGCGGGUGGAGACGGACAAGGAUGAUCCCCGCUCUCACCGCAUGCUGCUGCCCAGCGGCUCACUGUUCUUCCUGCGCAUUGUACACGGACGGAGGAGCAAACCCGACGAGGGCAGCUACGUCUGCGUGGCCCGGAACUACCUGGGGGAGGCCGUCAGCCACAACGCCUCGCUGGAGGUGGCCUUGCUCCGAGAUGACUUCCGACUGAACCCCACUGAUGUUGUCGUCGCUGCGGGUGAGCCUGCCAUCAUGGAAUGCCAACCACCCCGCGGGCAUCCAGAGCCAACCAUCUUCUGGAAGAAGGACAAGGUCCCCGUUAACGACCGCGAUGAAAGAAUAACGAUGCGUGGAGGCAAACUGAUGAUUUCAAACACCAAGAGGAGUGAUGCUGGCAUGUACGUCUGUGUGGGGACCAAUAUGGUGGGUGAAAGGGACAGUGAUCCUGCAGAAUUGACUGUGUUUGAACGCCCUGUCUUCAUCCGAAGACCCAUAAACCAGGUGGUGCUGGAGGACGAUGCAGUCGAGUUUCGAUGCCAAGUGCAGGGGGACCCUCAGCCCACGGUGCGCUGGAGGAAGGAUGACACCGAUGUUGCCAGGGGCAGAUAUGACAUUAAGGAAGACAACACUCUGCGCAUCAAGAGGGUUAGCAAUGGCGACGAGGGAACAUUCACCUGCGUUGGGGAAAACCGCGUGGGAAUGGUUGAAGCCACCGCCACUCUGACUGUACGAGCACACCCUGUCGCUGCCCCUCAAUUUGUCGUGAGGCCAAGGGACCAGAUCGUGGCUCAGGGACGCAGCACCACCUUCCCUUGUGAGACAAAGGGAAAUCCUCAGCCAGCGGUCUUCUGGCAGAAAGAGGGAAGCCAGAACCUACUGUUUCCCAAUCAGCCUCCACAGCCUUCCAGUAGAUUUGCCGUCUCCUCGACCGGCGACCUCACCAUCACCAACAUCCAGAGGUCGGACGCUGGCUACUACAUCUGCCAGGCCUUGACCGUGGCAGGAAGUAUCCUCGCCAAGGCUCAGCUGGAGGUCACAGACGUUCUAACAGACAGGCCGCCUCCUAUCAUCCGCCAGGGCCCAGCCAAUCAGACUCUGGGUGUGGAUGGGACCACUUUGCUGAAAUGCCAGGCCACGGGAGACCCCAUCCCCACAAUCAGCUGGCUGAAGGGUGGAGUCAGUCUCCUUGGAAAAGACCCCCGAAUGUCUCUCCAGGAAUUGGGAAGCCUGCAAAUUAAGAAUUUACGGGUCACAGACUCUGGAAUCUAUACAUGUGUUGCCACAAGCUCAAGUGGAGAAACUUCCUGGAGUGCGUUUUUGGAAGUGCGAGAGUCAGGUGCAGCGACUGUCAAUGUCAAGAUGGAUAUGGACGCUCUGCCAGGAUCACCUUCCAAGCCUCAAGUUGCUGACGUCACAAAGAAUACCGUCACCCUCACCUGGUUGGCUGGGAAACAUGUUGGGUCCUCACCCGUCACAUCAUAUGUCAUUGAGGCGUUCAGCCAAUCUGUAAGUAACAGCUGGCAAACAGUGGCAAACCACGUGAAGGACACUUUGUACACUGUCAGGGGAUUGAGACCUAACACUAUCUACCUCUUCAUGGUGCGUGCUGUCAACGCUCAGGGAGUCAGUGACCCCAGCCAGAUGAGUGACCCUGUCCGAACUCAAGAUAUCAGUCCACCGGCACAAGGUGUGGAUCACAGGCAAGUUCAGCGAGAGCUCGGUGAAGUCAUCAUACGUCUGCACAACCCGCUUGUCCUCACACCAUCCAGUAUCCAGGUCACAUGGACGGUCGACCGCCAGUCACAGUUCAUCCAGGGUUACCGUGUGAUGUUCCGGCAAGUCUCCGGCCUCCCGAGCCCCUCGUCCUGGCAAGUGAUGGAGGUCAAAGUGCCAACCGAGCGGAGUGCAGUCCUCAACAACCUGAAGAAGGGCAUCACCUACGAGAUGAAAGUCCGGCCGUAUUUCAACGAGUUUCAGGGGAUUGACAGCGAAUCGAAAACUGCGCGCACAACUGAGGAAGCUCCCAGUGCUCCCCCACAGUCUGUGACUGUGAUGAUGGUUGGGAACCACAACAGCACCAGUAUUAGUGUCUCCUGGGACCCUCCACCUCUGGAGCAGCAAAAUGGCAUCAUCCAGGAGUACAAGAUUUGGUGCUUGGGCAAUGCCACCCGGUUUCACAUCAACAAGACGGUGGACGCUGCAAUCCGCUCGGUGGUGAUUGGCAGCCUGCUCCCUGGUGUCCAGUACCGAGUCCAGGUUGCCGCCAGCACGGGUGCCGGGGUUGGUGUGAAGAGUGAGCCACAGCUCAUAAUCAUCGGGGGUCGUGGUGACGACAUCUUCAUGACUGGGCCCGGGAGCAACAACAGCAUCACGGAGCAGAUCACGGACGUGGUGAAGCAGCCAGCCUUCAUCGCCGGCAUCGGGGGAGCCUGCUGGGUCAUCCUGAUGGGCUUCAGCAUCUGGCUGUACUGGCGGAGGAAGAAGAGGAAGGGGCUCAGCAACUACGCAGUUCAGUCUUUCACCUUCACCCCGGCAGUAACCUUCCAACGAGUUGAUGGGGGAAUCAUGAGUAAUGGAAGCAGACCAGGCCUGUUAAAUCCAGGCGAGACAAGUUAUCCGUGGCUGGCGGAUUCUUGGCCCGCUACCAGCCUGCCCGUGAACGGGAGCAGCAAUGGGCCCACUGACCUCGGGGACCUCGGAGGGAUGGGGAACUUCAACCGAGCAGCAGGUCAGGGGGAGAAGUCGGGUACUAUGCUGUCCGACAGUGCCAUUUACAGCAGCAUCGAUGUCACCACCAAGACCAGCUUCAACAGCCCGGGCCAGAUCACGCAGGCCACCCCGUACGCCACCACCCAGCUCCUGCAUUCUAGCAGCAUCCAAGAGCUGGCCGUGGACCUCCCCGACCCCCAGUGGAAAGCCUCCAUCCAACCGAAGCCCGACCUGACCGGCUGUGGUUACUCGCUACCGGACCAGAGCAAGUUUAAUAAUGGUGGCAAAAGUGGGAAAAAGAAGAAAAUCAAAAGCAGCGUUAAGCCGCAUAAGAACACGGGCUCCAACUGGUCCAAUGUCCCACUGCCCCCUCCACCAGUGCAGCCGCUACCCGGUACAGAGCUGGACCACUACAUCAUGGACCACCAUGAAAAUGGCUAUGACAGCGAUGGCUGGUGCCCACCACCGCCCGUGAAAAGCUACCUGCACCAGGGCAUGGAGGACGAGCUGGAGGAAGAAGACGAUCGCGUGCCAACGCCCCCAGUCCGUGGAGUGGCCUCCUCGCCCGCCAUCUCCUUCGGCCAGCAGUCCACUGCCACCCUCACCCCCUCUCCUCGUGAAGAGAUGCAGCCCAUGCUCCAGGCCCACUUGGAUGAGAUAAGCAGGGCCUACCACUUUGACAUAUCAAGACAAGCAUGGCAGAUGCAGGGAAACUCUCUCCCUCCUCAGGCCCCAGCUCUGCCCCUGGGCUACAUCUCCGGGACACUAAUUUCAGAUAUAGAGACGGACUUACCCGAUGAGGAGGAGGAAGAUGAAGACGAGGAAGCUUUGGAGAUGGCCAGACCUCUGCGGGGAAUAGCACACACUCCAGGUUCCAGCCUAGACAACCUAGAUAGCUCAGUGACAGGUUCAAUGAUUAACGGAUGGGGUUCAGCCUCAGAGGAGGAGCGCAAUAUGUCUAGCCGGCGAUCUAGCGCUGUUAGCUCCUCCUCCGACUCCAUCUUCACUGAUGGCGACUUUGCCCAGGCUCUUGCCACUGCGGCAGACAGGGCUGGCUUCAAGAUGGAGGGCACCAGCUUAAUGAGGACAGGUAAAGGGCCCUCAUCACAGAGACUCCAGCCUAGCAGUCCCUUCUCCAGCAGCGGGAGUGUGAGUGCAACUCACAACCAGUGCCAGAAAUCCAGACCUCCCAAAAAACACAAGCCGGCUGGGGGCAGACUGGAGCAGCCCUCGGCGCCGCACCGCCGGGAGGUAGCAGCAGACGACCUGCCUCCACCACCUGACCCACCACCAUGUCAGGGUUCAAAGCUGCAAUCUGGGCAAGCACCGAAAGGAACAGGCCUGGUGGGCUCUCUAGAGAGACAGCAACUGCCCCGCCUAGAAGAGAGCAUGGAACAUCUGGCCAAAACAUCCCUAGACCACGUGCACCAAGAGGACUCACGGAACAAGCUCCAGCAGAAGCCAACACUUGGGUCAGAUGAAAUCCUCAUACCGUACAGCAAGCCUAGCUUUCCAUCACCGGGCCAUCUCAGUGGUCACAGCUCAUCUGGAACAGCCUCAUCAAAGGGUUCAACUGGACCCAGGAAAGGAGUGCCCUCACGAGGAGGUCCGGCAAUCGCAAGUCAUCAGUGGAACAUUAGCGACCUUCCAGAUGUAGGAUAUGUGGGAUCGUGUGGUCAAGGGCAGUUUUUAGGGGAUGUAUAGUGAUGAAGAGACAUGUUCCUGAGAUCCUACAGAGCGAGCCUAGCCUCUCAGAUACGAUGACACUUAAAUGGAGCAAUGAACCUCCUCCUUAUUUAAUGUAUUAUGACAGAACCUGUAAAUGUGAUGUAAAGUCCAAGAAAACACAGCCACACUUGUAUCCCCACCAUAACUCUUUAAUACAUUGCUUCUCAUCCCUUCAACUCAAUCACCUUGCUUGCCCCUCAAUUCACCCACAUAUCCCCAUCACCGCCCCCUUCCUUAACCCACCGCACCACCUCCCCCGGCCCCAAAAUAAAAUAGAAACUUGACAGGGAAGAAUCCAAAUAUGAAUAGAAGUUUAGCCAUCACAGCCCGAGAGAGAAAGGGAUUUCUUGUGUAAAUAAUUUCUGUUGCAUUGCUAUACAAAGUUCACCUCGUUUUUUUGACUUUUCAUCUUGUAAUGUCUAUUCUUUUUUUAUUGGUCUGUUGUACUAUAUGUGAAUUGAUUAGGCAGAGAUGCCAUUAAAAAUUGAAAAACAAC